AUGCCGAACACCGAGCGUCUCUUUUAUGGUGCGCUGCUGGCUCAGGCUGUUUGGACAAAAGGCCUCAGUUGCUCAGGUGCUAUAAAGAGCAGCAGCUGCCCUACAGGUAACACACACUCAACAACCAGCACAGCCAACAUCAGCAAGCAGCUGAGCAACCAGAGAGGCAACAUGACUUCCAGCGGCAUGAACAUGAUGAGCAGGCUUUUGAAACAAACCUCAUCGCCGUCUUCUGCCUCUGCUCAGAUCAUCUUCUACGAGGACAGGAACUUCCAGGGUCGUUCCUACGAGUGCAGCGGCGACUGUGCCGACAUGUCGUCCUACCUGAGCAGGUGUCACUCCUGCAGGGUGGAGAGAGGCUGCUUCAUGGUCUACGACCGCACCAACUUCAUGGGCAACCAGUACUUCCUGAGGAGGGGCGAGUACUCCGACUACAUGAGCAUGAUGGGGAUGAGCGACUGCAUCAGGUCCUGCCGCAUGAUCCCCAUGCACCGCGGGUCCUACAGGAUGAGGAUCUACGAGAGGGAGAACUUCGGAGGCCAGAUGUACGAGCUGAUGGACGACUGCGAUAACAUCAUGGACCGUUACCGCAUGUCCAACUGCAUGUCCUGCAACGUGAUGGACGGACACUGGCUGAUGUACGAGCAGCCCCACUACAGAGGCAGGAUGAUGUACAUGAGGCCCGGAGAGUACAGGAACUUCAUGCACAUGGGCAUGAGCAACAUGAGGUUCAUGAGCAUGAGGCGCAUCAUGGACUCUUACUAUUAGAGUCUCCAUGGAAACA